GGCAAAAGUGCAAACGAAGAAUGAUUCUGUUCCUUUUUCCUUUUUAUUUGUUUUUCAAAAAAAUCUAAUCCUCUGGUCAUAUAAAAACCCACUUCUGAUUAUAACCAUCCCCAUUAUACCACCGAUAAUAAAUCACUUCUCUCCUUUCCCACGUUACAGUCUCCGAAAUGUAAUAGAUACAUUAAACUUCUUUCCUUUCUCUUCUUCUUCUCUACAGCUGUCUACUUCUACUACACCUCCAUUACUGAUUUGAUAACUUUUCUCUUUCUUUCUUUCUUUCUCACUUCUUUUUAAAGAGUGUUCUUGGCUCAGUCAUCAGUGGCAGAGGAAAUCUAGCUCUCUCACUCCUCAUCAAUGGCUUCCUCUCUUUCUUUCCUUUUCUCUCUCUGCCUCAUUAGCUCACUAGUAUUAGCUUCUUCUUCUUCUUCUUCUUCUACCACUGAUAGGAAGACUUUCAUAGUUCAAGUCCAAAGACAGGCAAAGCCUUCUAUUUUCCCCACCCACAAGAACUGGUACGAGUCUUCUCUAGCCACUCUUUCCUCUUCUGAUAGCCAGAAGACCUCGACGUUUGACAAUGCUGUCAUACACACUUACGAGAACGUCUUCCAUGGUUUCUCCGCAAAGCUCUCUCCUUCGGAAGCAUCUAAGCUUGAAUCACUUCCCCACGUCCUUGCCGUCAUUCCCGAACAGGUACGGUACGUUCAAACCACGCGCUCCCCGGAGUUUCUCGGCCUGAAGACGACUGGCAGUGCGGGACUUCUGAAAGAGUCCGACUUUGGGUCGGACCUUGUAAUUGGGGUCAUCGACACAGGAAUCUGGCCUGAGAGGAAGAGCUUCAACGACCGUGACCUGGGUCCAGUUCCUUCCAAGUGGAAAGGCCAGUGCAUCGCAGGGAAGGAUUUUCCGGCAACCUCUUGUAACCGAAAGCUCAUCGGAGCGAGGUAUUUCUGCGACGGUUACGAGUCCACCAACGGUAAGAUGAACGAGACCACAGAGCUUCGCUCACCUAGAGACUCCGAUGGCCAUGGGACCCACACCGCCUCAAUCGCCGCUGGAAGGUAUGUCUUUCCGGCCUCCACCCUCGGCUACGCUCGCGGAAUCGCCGCCGGCAUGGCUCCCAAAGCCCGCCUAGCCACCUACAAGGUCUGCUGGAACGCCGGCUGCUACGAUUCUGACAUUCUGGCUGCUUUCGAUGCCGCCGUCGCAGAUGGUGUCGAUGUCAUCUCCCUCAGUGUCGGUGGCGUCGUCGUCCCUUACUACCUCGACUCCAUUGCCAUGGGAGCUUUCGGAGCCGCCGAUGCUGGCGUCUUCGUUUCGGCUUCUGCCGGUAAUGGUGGUCCUGGAGGACUCACUGUCACGAAUGUCGCCCCCUGGGUUACCACUGUCGGUGCUGGUACCAUGGACAGAGAUUUCCCGGCAGACGUUAAGCUCGGUAAUGGUAGAACGAUUCCGGGUGUGAGCGUCUAUGGAGGGCCGGGUCUUACACCGGGUCAAAUGUACCCUUUAUUGUAUGCCGGCAACGUAGGUGGUGAUGGGUACUCAUCUUCUUUAUGCUUGGAAGGUUCUUUGGACCCCAAACUGGUGAACGGAAAGAUAGUACUCUGCGAUAGGGGAAUCAACUCUAGAGCUGCUAAAGGGGAAGUAGUCCAAAAAUCAGGCGGAGUAGGAAUGAUUCUCGCUAAUGUGGUAUCCGACGGAGAAGGGUUAGUUGCAGAUUGCCACGUGUUGCCUGCCACUUCAGUCGGUGCCUCAGCCGGUGACGAGAUUCGCACGUACAUUACGUCAUCAUCGAAGUCCCAUUCUCCACCCACUGCCACAAUUAUAUUUAAAGGAACUAAGCUAGGAGUGAGGCCUGCACCGGUGGUGGCGUCGUUUUCUGCUCGUGGACCGAACCCAGAGUCGCCGGAGAUUCUCAAACCAGAUGUGAUAGCACCCGGGGUUAACAUUCUCGCGGCUUGGCCCGAUCGAGUUGGCCCGUCGGGUAUUUCUUCCGAUAAGCGCAGAACAGAAUUCAACAUACUUUCAGGGACAUCAAUGGCGUGCCCACAUGUCUCCGGCUUGGCCGCAUUGUUGAAGGCUGCUCACCCGGAUUGGAGCCCAGCGGCGAUAAGGUCAGCUCUAAUGACGACUGCUUAUACAGUGGACAACAGAGGAGAGACCAUGUUGGAUGAAUCAACUGGGAACAGCUCAUCUGUUUUAGAAUUCGGGUCGGGUCACGUUCACCCAGAAAAGGCAAUGGAUCCUGGAUUGGUUUACGACAUAACAUCUUAUGAUUACAUAGAUUUCUUAUGCAAUUCCAAUUACACCACCAAGAACAUUCAAGUGAUCACUAGGAAGGCUGCGGAUUGUAGUGGGGCCAAGAAGGCAGGCCAUGCUGGGAACCUCAAUUACCCAUCCUUGGCUGCUGUGUUUCAGCAAUACGGGAAGCACAAGAUGUCAACUCAUUUCAUUAGGACUGUGACCAACGUAGGCGAGCCAAAUUCAGUUUACCGUGUCACGGUCAGGCCGCCGAGUGGCACCCUGGUGACAGUGCAGCCAGAUAAGCUGGUGUUUAGGAGGGUUGGUCAGAAAUUGAAUUUCCUUGUCAGAGUUGAAGCCACGGCACUGAAGCUUUCUGCAGGAAGCUCGAAUGUGAAGAGUGGCUCUAUAGUUUGGUCUGAUGGAAAUCACAAAGUCACAAGUCCCUUAGUUGUGACCAUGCAACAACCUUUCUAGUCUUAUGGUGGUGUGUUAGGAUUUUGGGGGGGUUUAGGAAUUUUGAGUCUCUACUCCUUAGUACUGCUUUGUUGUAGAUUGAUAAGUUAAUUUCUUGCUCCUUAUAAUGUAUAAUGAGAAUGUUUUUUUUUACAAGGUUCAGUUUUCAGCUCCAGAAAACUAGUGGGGGUUUGUUUGUAAUGCACAGUCAAGAAAAGGCAAUAUUCUGAUAUCCUUACUAAAGUUUGUAGAAAAGUCUGUGUUGUGUAAAAGAGGCUGAUGAUGAAAACAUAUCUGUUUCUUUUUCUA